AUGUCAGGGCCAGCUUUCUCAAGUACCAAGGCUCGGUGGUCUGCGGUCGUUUCUCGCAACCCGGACGCGGUGGGAGAGUUUGUGUACGCUGUCAAAACAACGGGCAUUUACUGCCGACCCGAUUGCAAAGCUCGGUUGGCGCGUCGGGCGAACAUCAUCUUCUACGACAGCGGUCCCCUGGCGGAGGAGGCCGGAUACCGGGCGUGCAAGCGUUGCAAACCCAACUUGCUGGUGUCGCAAGAGGAGGACCCGCUGCUGGCUAAGAUCCGUCACGCUGUGGAUUUGGUCAAGACGACAGCCUCCCAAGGUCAAAAAAUAAGUCUACAGCAGCUGUCAUGCCAGGUCCGGCUCAGCAAGUGGCAUCUUCAACGAGUGUUCAAGAGACUGCAAGGAUUGUCACCGCACGAAAUGUCCAACGCGAUCAUCAACGCGAUAGAAGGUGGGACGGAAGAAAGCCCCCAGCCUGGCGAGUCUCGACCCGAAAGAUCCGUCCAGGGCGGCACCGAGCGUCAUCUACUGGAGAAUGACCCACGGAUUGAAUCAUCGCGAAGCGCUCAAGGCGACGCAGGAGUCACCCAACAAGAUCUGCCUCAAUAUGACAACAGGGAGGUGGACGACGUAUUGCGAGAUCUCUUUCCGGAGCUUUAUACAGAAGGAUCGGAGCAAGAAGCAGAGAGUUCGGGGCAAACAUAA